GACCGUUGUGAAAUAGAGAGAGAGACCAUAGAGAUGUUGUGAGCCAGAGAGCACGAGUAUCAUCCCAGCAGCAAGGGGGUAUCAUCCCACGGCAAGGCAGUAUAUUCCCAGCGGCAAGGUCGCUGAGAAGAGGGAACACAGUGAUCCAGGACCUGAGAGUCUGUCUGUCUGUCUGUCUGUCUGUCUGUGUCUUUGAGUGUGUGUCUUGUUGUUGCUGCAUCUGUGUGAGUGAGGAUGAGGUCAUCAGGACUACUACUGUGUGUACUGGCUGUAGCGAUGGUGUCCUCCUCCCGGUUCCCCCGUGACACGUCAUCUCAGAGCCCCAGGGUCAUUAAUGAGGAGACCAACCCCACCAACCUUCUCCUGGACACUCUGAACACCAACAGCUCCCUCCCUGUCCCCCCUCUCCCUCCCGCCUUCCGGCCACGCCCACCAGGCCCCUACCCCCCCAUGUGUAUCAAGCCCACAGAGAUUAAACAAGCCUUUAAGUAUGUGAACACGGUGGUGAGCUGUGUGAUCUUGGUGGUGGGGAUGAUCGGUAACUCCACCUUAUUAAGGAUCAUCUAUAAGAACAAGUGUAUGAGAAACGGACCCAAUGUUCUGAUUGGCUCUCUUGCCUUGGGGGAUCUUCUCUACAUCCUCAUCGCUAUCCCCAUCAACGUCUUCAAGCUGAUAGCAGAGGACUGGCCGUUUGGGGUUCAUGUAUGCAAGUUGAUGCCAUUUAUCCAGAAGGCUUCAGUUGGAAUCACUGUCCUCAGCCUGUGUGCCCUGAGCAUCGACAGGUACCAUGCGGUGACGUCGUGGAGUAGGGUGAAGAGGAUAGGGAUCCCUCUGUGGAAGGCUAUGCAGGUCACAUUCAUAUGGCUGGUUGCUGUCCUGCUUGCUGUUCCUGAGGCUGUUGCCUUUGACAUGAUGGAGAUGCCUUACAGAGGCAGCAAGCUACGGGUCUGUCUGUUACACCCCCAACAGAACACUGCUUUUAUGAAGUUCUACCAGGACGUGAAGGACUGGUGGUUGCUCGGGUUUUAUUUCUGUCUUCCUCUGGCCUGCACCGGCGUCUUCUACACCCUGAUGUCCUGGGAGAUGUUGAGCAGGAAGAAAGGCAUGAGGAUCGCUCUCAACGACCACAUGAAACAGCGUCGCGAGGUGGCUAAGACAGUCUUCUGCUUGGUGGUGAUCUUUGCACUGUGCUGGCUACCGCUCCAUCUCAGCCGCAUCCUGAAGAAAACGAUCUAUGAUCAGAACGACCCCAACCGCUGUGAACUACUCAGUUUCCUGCUAGUGAUGGAUUAUAUCGGCAUCAACAUGGCGUCUCUCAACUCCUGUAUCAACCCUGUCGCACUCUACUUCGUCAGCCAGAAGUUCAAAAACUGUUUCAAGUCUUGUCUGUGCUGCUGGUGUACAAGGAGCAGGAAUGUGAUUCCAGAGAGAGACGGUGUCCGCUGGAAGGGAAGCUGUCAUGGCAACGAACUCGACAGAACAAGCUCUCGUUCCAGUCAGAAAUACACCUCCACCUAAACACACACACACACACACACACACACACACACACACACACACACACACACACACACACACACACACACACACACACACACACACACACACACACACACACACACACACACACACACUAAACCCAACCUAACCCAGUCCCAUCCCCUCUCCUUCUAAACCCAACCUAACCCAGUCCCAUCCCCUCUCCUUCUAAACCCAACCCAACCCCGCCCCAUCCCCUCUCCUUCUAAACCCAACCUAACCCAGCCCCAUCCCCUCUCCUUCUAAACCCAACCUAACCCAGUCCCAUCCCCUCUCCUUCUAAACCCAACCUAACCCCGCCCCAUCCCCUCUCCUUCUAAACCCAACCUAACCCCGCCCCAUCCCCUCUCCUUCUAAACCCAACCUAACCCCGCCCCAUCCCCUCUCCUUCUAAACCCAACCUAACCCAGCCCCAUCCCCUCUCCUUCUAAACCCAACCUAACCCAGCCCCAUCCCCUCUCCUUCUAAACCCAACCUAACCCAGCCCCAUCCCCUCUCCUUCUAUACCCAACCUAACCCAGCCCCAUCCCCUCUCCUUCUAACCCCAACCUAACCCCGCCCCAUCCCCUCUCCUUCUAAACCCAACCUAACCCAGCCCCAUCCCCUCUCCUUCUAAACCCAACCUAACCCCGCCCCAUCCCCUCUCCUUCUAAACCCAACCCAACCCAGCCCCAUCCCCUCUCCUUCUAUACCCAACCUAACCCCGCCCCAUCCCAUCUCCUUCUAAACCCAACCUAACCCCGCCCCAUCCCCUCUCCUUCUAAACCUAACCUAACCCCGCCCCAUCCCCUCUCCUUCUAAACCCAACCUAACCCAGCCCCAUCCCCUCUCCUUCUAUACCCAACCUAACCCAGCCCCAUCCCCUCUCCUUCUAAACCCAACCUAACCCAGCCCCAUCCCCUCUCCUUCUAAACCCAACGUAAACCAGGCCCAUCCCCUCUCCUUCUAAACCCAACCUAACCCAGCCCCAUCCCCUCUCCUUCUAAACCCAACGUAAACCAGGCCCAUCCCCUCUCCUUCUAUACCCAACCUAACCCCGCCCCAUCCCCUCUCCUUCUAAACCCAACCAAACCUAACCCAGCCCCAUCCCCUCUCCUUCUAAACCCAACCUAACCCAGCCCCAUCCCCUCUCCUUCUAAACCCAACCUAACCCAGCCCCAUCCCCUCUCCUUCUAUACCCAACGAAACCCAGCCCCAUCCCCUCUCCUUCUAAACCCAACCUAACCCAGCCCCAUCCCCUCUCCUUCUAAACCCAACCUAACCCAGCCCCAUCCCCUCUCCUUCUAAACCCAACGUAAACCAGGCCCAUCCCCUCUCCUUCUAAACCCAACCCAACCCCGCCCCAUCCCCUCUCCUUCUAUACCCAACCUAACCCAGCCCCAUCCCCUCUCCUUCUAAACCCAACCUAACCCAGCCCCAUCCCCUCUCCUUCUAAACCCAACGUAAACCAGGCCCAUCCCCUCUCCUUCUAAACCCAACGUAAACCAGGCCCAUCCCCUCUCCCUUGGCCCCAUUCCCAGUCACAUGUUCUUACUGGGACUGACGGGUCGACAAUGCUGUGACAUCACUGUGUAGCAAUGAAACAGACAGCCUGCAUCGGACGAAAACAAACCAAUGACCCAAGCUAGCCCUAAUACUUACCAUGGAGUGAAGCAAAGCAAAGCUAUCCCCAAGCAAAGCUAUCCCUAAUACUUACCAUGGAGUGAAGCAAAGCUAUCCCUAAUACUUACCAUGGAGUGAAGCCAGGCUAGCCUUAAUACUUACCAUGGAGUGAAGCAAAGCUAUCCCUAAUACUUACCAUGGAGUGAAGCAAAGCUAGCCCUAAUACUUACCAUGGAGUGAAGCAAAGCUAGCCCUAAUACUUACCAUGGAGUGAAGCAAAGCAAAGCUAUCCCUAAUACUUACCAUGGAGUGAAGCAAAGCAAAGCUAUCCCUAAUACUUACCAUGGAGUGAAGCAAAGCAAAGCUAUCCCUAAUACUUACCAUGGAGUGAAACAAAGCAAAGCUAUCCCUAAUACUUACCAUGGAGUGAAGCAAAGCUAUCCCUAAUACUUACCAUGGAGUGAAGCCAGGCUAGCCUUAAUACUUACCAUGAUGACAUCUGAAUUAGAUGUUGAGUUACACAUGAUGACCAGACCAGACAAAAGCUAGUGUUUCUCACAGUAGCAGACAAGGUUUAUCUCAAUACUGGCAUCAGACAGAGAGGGGCCAACUUAAUGUCUGCAGGGCUGCAUCAUCAUGUGAUACACAGCACAGAGCAGAGCCAGGAGAGUACAGACAUGAAAUGCCAUGGCACAUUAGAGUCAUGCGGUCGGAUCGACUUCACAAAGACCGUUAACAAGCGACAGGUAAAUCUCUGUAAUACUGUUAUGAUCAUGUUAAGAUCUGUGUAUGCUGUUGUUUCGUCUUCUUACAGCUAGUGGUACUCUGCAGAAAGCCUUCCCUGAGGUUGCAAAGUUCCCAGAACUUUCUCAAAAUUACCAGGUUUUCCCGAAGUUCUGGUUGGUGGAUUCUGGAUUUCCUGUCUAGGCCUAUUCUCUCCUGAUUCUGGGAAUCUUCCAAACCGGAAUGUCUGGAAAACCUGGGGAUUUUUGGGAAAGUUAGCGUCCUUUUGUAACCCUAAUAUAGCCUUCCCACCAGUAUGUAUAAAGCUUCCAACUUGAUCUAAAGAUUGCCUGAGUGCCUUCAGAUGUAUUUUUAUUUAAAAAAUAUCUUAUUGCAAGACAUAUUUUCAAACUGUCCAAAUUAUUACCACUUAUCUUUACAAAUACUGUAUUAUAUGUUGUGAUUAUCAUCAAAUAUAUUUACUUUACCAAUGUGUUUUCCUAUUAUGUAAAAUAUAACUAUUGCUGGAGUUUUUCAUAUUAACAAAGCUUUUCUAUUGAACCUAUACCUGUAUCUAUGACCUGUAUAACUAACCUGCCUGUAUCUAAUGCAGCAAUAAAUACUAUUUUAUCACA